AAGCUGGACUUUAUGUUUUUUAUUGUGCACCGACUACUAAAUUACAGGUAAAAAGCUUAAAAUAUGUAAGUUAACAGAAGAAAGAUGUAACGUGUGAUUAAACAGAAAUGCAUUUUGAUCCAAGAGCAUUAGUUAGUUGAAGCUUAUUCACACUGGACUUUGCUCAAAAGAGGAGGGGAAAAGCAUCUAGUUCAUGAGAGAGAAAGAGAGAGAGAGAGAGAUUAGGUUACUUUCUAACUCUUUAGGGAAAGAAGGAAAUAAAGGAUGGAAGGAAGGAUGUCCUGCACACCUUCAGCAGUUUCUGGAUCGUGAUUGGUUUAAUCGGUGAAGCUUCAGGUGGCACCGAAACAGGGCUGAGAUUUUGUUCGGGGAGGAUAGAGGUAGCCGAGUAACAGUUUAAUAUGCUGCUGGAAGUUUUCUUCAUCCUUCAUCUUCUUCAGAGUCAGGUGUUGACCUCUGGCUCUUCCUCCUCCUCUUCUGAGACACACGAGAGCAGUCAAAGGGAUGAAGAACACAGCAAAGGUUCCUCUCAUCAGCAGCACUGGGGUUACCAUGAUCAGGACGGUUGGUUAUCUUCAUUUGAAGACUGUGGUGGAAAAUCCCAGUCUCCCAUUAACAUAAACACUGGUGAGGUGAUGUAUGAUCCCAGACUCUCUCUUAUUAAACUGGAGGGUUAUGAUCUGACAGACAAAUCUCCUCUUUCACUCCUCAACAAUGGACAUACACUGCAGCUGUCUCUGCCGAACAGCAUGCGUAUUUUGAGAGGAUUUGAUCAUAUUUAUGUCGCAGCCCAGCUUCAUUUUCACUGGGGAACGGUAGAGAUCCCGGGAUCAGAGCACACUAUAGAUAACAUUCAUUUUCCUGCUGAGAUCCAUGUGGUUCAUUAUAACUCCAAAUACUCAAAUCUUUCUGAGGCCGCGACUAAGGCAGAUGGACUGGCUGUGUUAGGAGGGUUUAUUGGUAUUGGUCUUCAUGAAAAUGAAAACUAUGAGAAGAUCUUGUCUGCCUUAACAAACAUCAGCAGAGAAGAGACAUACACCGAGAUUCCUGGUUUUAACAUCCGCCAUCUUCUGCCAGACAGUUUGGAGAGGUUUUAUAGAUACAAGGGAUCUCUCACGACCCCUCCGUGCUUUCAGACGGUCAGCUGGACUGUGUUCAAUGAUACUGUCAGAGUGUCAAGAAGACAGCUAGCAGCUUUGGAGGACACACUGAAAACAGAGCACAGCAAACUCUUAUCCAAAAACUUCAGAGCGCCACAACUUCUGCACGGCAGAAAAGUCCUGACGUCUUUCCACACAGUACCCUCUGCAGGGAAUCCCAGAGGAGUCCCGCUGUCUGAAACACAAGACCUCAAUACAAAGGAAUCUAGUGAAACUCAAGAUGCACUCUCAAAAGGUGAUAUUUUGGCUAUUGUCUUUGGUGUUUUGUUCGCAGUUACACUGCUGGCCUUUUCCAUCUACACAUAUCAACGACGAAAAAAAUACACAAAGUUUAAAAGAGACUCAAAGCAAAACGUUAUUUAUAAACCAGCUGUCAAAGAAGAGGCAUAAACACAUUUAUUAUGUGUGAGGACAGCAUGACCUGGACCAUUAUUCACAGACAAAGACCUGCAAGCUGUGCUCCUGUGUAAGGUUUUGAACUGAAUUUCUACCUAUCCCAAAAAAAUCAUUUUGUUGUUGGUUUUCAAGUGUUUUGUUGUUAAAAUGAUGUUGUAUGUUUAAAUGAUCAAGUUAUACUUUGUAAAGUAGAAAAAAAACGCAAUAACAAUAUGACAUAACAAUGUGUUUACCCACAAAUAAUGUUUGUCUAAAACCACAACCACAUGUAGGCCACAGUUGUGAGAGUAACGCAACAUAAACCCAAACACACACUGUCAGUUAUUAUUAUAUGCAUCUUUAAUGGUUGUUUUCUGUUUAUUUGCUGCUUAAAAAUUCACUUGUUUCUUGUAUGUUCACAAUAUUUUGUUGCAGUAUUCCUGUAGUUGUUGAUUUAACGUUGACUUUAAAAAGUGCAACUAACAUUGCAAGCAAUUGAAAAAAUAUACUGAUCUUAGGAAAACUUGAGUAGACACAAUAUUAGAGAUAUUAAAGAUAUUAAGAUUCAUUCACAUUCCAGUGAAUAGUAGCAAUUGGCAGUGACGUGAUCACGGUUACUUUUUUAUAGACAACCCAGACCUAAACUGGGUGCUGUCAAAGAGAAGGAAGUUAAGAUAUUCAGACACUUCUGUCUAAUUUACAUGCAAGUAUAGCCUGAAAAACUGCACUGCUGCUGUCUUCGUUAUGUGUAUGGUGAUUUUCUGAGACAAUGUUACAGUUAUAUUCGGUAGAAAUGACUUCUGGAACGCUUCAUGUCUCCUAUAAGGUGUAUUAUAUUUUUUUGUACUGGUGUCCGAAACCUGAGUGAACAACUUCAAUUGCUACAUUCGUUCAAUAAUUUUUACCCACAAUGCACUCUGGCUUUGAGGGUACAAUUGACGUACUCUUGCUCACUCACUAUUUCCCAUGAUACAACGUGAGACGAAUACGUAACUGGAAUCAAGGAAACUUACAGUUAACACCACAAAUUUACGUUUAUACACUUUUGUUAGUUCUUGACUUGUCAGUUAUUUUCUACUUUUAAAAAAAUAAACAAAUUAAAAAUAAAAUGUGAUACCUUUUAUGCAAAUAACUUCGCUCCAGCCAAAAUAUGUCAGAUUACAAGUUGCCCAUAGACAGCUGCACUGUUGUGCCAUCUUCCACAGUCAAGAACCUAGGUGUGAUGUUUGACAGCAAUCUAUCUUUCGAUAAUCAUAUCUCCAAUGUCUGCCGCACAGCAUUCUUCCAUCGUAGAAAUAUCUCAAAAAUAUUCAGAUGUAGAGAAGCUUAUCCAUGCUUUUAUGACCUCAAGAAUAGACUAUUGUAACAUGUUACUCGGGGGAUGUCACGCAAAUCAGGUAAACAGGCUUCAGCUCGUUCAAAACACCGCUGCAAGAGUGCUUACUCGAUCUAAGAAGUAUGACCAAUUUUGGCAUCUUUACACUGGCUACCAGUUAAAUAUCGCAUACAUUUUAAAACAUUGCUAAUCACUUAUAAAGCCUUAAACAUCCACCUCCGUAUUUUCGAGAAUUACUACAGUAUCUGAAAUUAAUACAAUCCUUUGCGUACACUGCGGUCGCAAAUUCUGGUCAUUUAAUUAUCCCUAGAAUAUCAAAAGUAUCUGGAGGUGGUCGAUACUUUUUUCGUACCUAGCUUAGUACUAAGCUCUGGAAUGAUUUACCAAACAAUAGUCCCUUUCACACAUACAGUCUUUACUGGUAAUUUACUGGUAAAUUGCAGUUAACAUGUCAUGUGUGAACAGAACCUUUCCGGUAAAUCAGUGCUCCCAAUUUACCAGUAAGACAGGUUGUAAGAUUAACGGUAAUUUGCCGGUAAGCGCUGUGUGUGAACGAAAAAUAUAGCAUUACCGGCAUUUUGAUUACGUCAGACCGCGCUGACAGAUCGGGCGGGCCAAUCAGAAAGUUUUUUAUACAGGUGACGCGGUUUCCCCCAGACUGUUUACGGACGUUUCCACAUACAUGUUGCUUAAAAGUCGAGCACACCCGGGACCUCAUUUAUAAACCGUGCGUACGCACAAAUUUGAUCGUAAAGUGUGCGUAGGCAAAAAUCCACGGCAAAGUCCAUAUUUAUAAAAACUGUCUUUGACGUGGAAAAGUGCUUAGCGCCACGUCAGGGUCUGGGCAGACGUACGCACUUUUGCUUGUCUGAUUGCUGCAGGUUUUUGGAAAAUAAGCCAAUCUUGCCGCUCGAAAAUUGGGUUUAAACAUUGAGAAGUGCUCUUUUAUAUGUCUGUGACAUUAAUUAGGCAUCGUUUAAAGGUGGAGAACUGAAACUGCUCAGCUGCGCACAAGUUCAAGUUAAUUUGCAAUUUAUAGAUUUGAAAGGGGUACGCGCGUUUUCUGCGUGUACGUUCGGUUUAUGAAUCACACGUACGCAUUUUUGUUAAAUGAUCGUAAGAUCAAAUGGAUGGUUUUUACACAGCAUUUUAUAAAUGAGGCCCCUGAAGUUAAUGUCCACAUUUCUUUCACCAAAGUUGUUUAAAACAGCUUACCAUCUAAUUGCCGACGUCCUUAGCACACCAUCUGUGAAGCUUAAUCUGCAAACACGCAGGUUCCGUUUGACGCCGCCUAACGCAAUGUUGUUUGGUCACGAGCAACUUCGCGACCGUUUGCCACAGAUGUGAAAACAACAAAAUACGGACCGUGGAUAUUAAAGUCAUAACCCGCCGUUUACAAAUACGACGCGGACGGAGCUUGCCGGCCGCGCGCCACAGGUAACUUCCGCUUUCUCUCCGAGUUUACCGGUAUUUUGAUACUGAUGUGUGAAUGAUGUCUUACUGGUAAAAAGACGGAACGUCACUGCAUGUGUGAACAGCACAUUUUUGUAUUUACUGGUAAAUUCAUUCUGGUAAAUUCAUGGUAAUUUACCAGAAUUACUGUGUGAAAGAGGCUACUGUUUGAGAACCAGACACAGUCAAUCACUUUAAGUCUAAACUAAAGACAUAUCUCUUUAACAAAGCAUUAAUUGAAAUUUGGCUCCCCUUGUGAUGUCAAAAGGAGAUAAUACCGCCUCCUAAUCUGCACUAUCCAACCACCGCACUGCAAUUUAGUGCAGAGAUCAGCUCAUUUGCAUUUAAAAGGACACACCCAAAAUGGCAAAUUUUUGCUCACACCUACAAAUGGCAGUUUAUGUUAUAAUAAAUUGUCUAUAUGGUAUUUUGAGCUAAAACUUCACAUAUGUACUCUGAGGUCACCAAAGAUUUAUUUGACAUCUUAAAAAAAGUCUUGUGAAAUGUCCCCUUUAAAGCAUUUGUUUCCACGUCGCAUUGGAAGAAAAACUUUGUAUGUUACAAACCUGUAAACAUAACAAAGAAUUAUGUAUAUACGUAUACAUUUUAUACAAACUUUUAUAUUUUGGCCAGGAAAAAUAUAUAUUUUUGCCAUAUAGGUUGUAAAAUUAGAACUGUAUUUGUUGAAACUUCAUUUAAAAUUUUUGAAAUGAAGUUUAUUUAACUAAGUUUGGGAGGAGCAUGGUCAUGUAAUCCAACCAAUCAGGGCAAAGAGGUGUUUAUAAAUAGCCACAGUCCCGUGACAAAUAUGCUUUAUCUCUUCCCUAUUGAUUACAUGUUAAUCAAUGUGAACUCGUGAAAUAUAUGUUAAUAUGAAUGUUAAAACUAAAUACAUUUUAAAAUUAAAAAAUAUAUUUAAUUAAGCUUUAAUUUCUACGAAACAUAUUUUGCAUACAUUUAAAUAUAUUUUGGCCACUGAAUUAAAAUGCUGUGGGUAAGCACACAGAGAAAAACAUGAAAUACACUAGUAGACAGCAUAAUAUGACACAUUGACGUCAAGAUGCAAAUUAAGCAUAAUUUGUUAGCAACUUUAAAGUAGUUGGCAGCAGUGCAUCUUUAGGUUAUGUUAAUCAUUUGCAGUUAUUUUUCCUGGAAAAACUCAACUGCACCUUUACUUUUAAGAGUGUAUAUAAAGCUUCAGGUUCCAAUAACUGAUGUUUGAAGUAAAUGAAUAAAUGAAACGUGAAAGAC